CCGUCCUCUGUCUUUAGUCAUCAGUGAGAGUGUGUCAACGUUUCGAGUGACAGAGUCAAGGCGGGUCGUUUGUUGACCAAUCAUUGUCCAUAUUGCGUCUUGUAGUAAAACGAGAUGACAAAUUAAGAACGUCCACAGUGGGGCGUGAGAUUGGUAAGUUUCGGAAGGACACGGCCACCAUGAAUGAGCAUUUAAACCAAUACAUUGCUGACAAAAGGUGUUGUACAACUACACUAAACAUUUAUUCUUCUAGCAUAAUUUUGCGGCAUCCAUCAGCUUUUGUAACUAAAGUACGACUAAAGGAAAUAGUGUUGUCUCUGUUUUGUUUAAAUAUUUGUAGUGCGUUAUCGUACUAAUCUAAUAAAAAAACAAUGACCACAUAAUAGGUCAGGAUAGCGUCCAAACGGAAAGGCGAGAGAGAGUAAACGCCCCCACAACAGGAAACAAUCACAUUUAAUGUUUUACGCCGGUAUACAAACUGCAAUGGAAGUAGACAUGUCUUAGAGAAGUUGCGACUCUUCGAAAGCAGCAAUUUUUAGUACGGUCUCAGUCGAAAGCAGCUAAGUGAAGAAAGAUGAAAACGGCGUCGUCCGGAUCUUUUCUGUUUCGUGUCUAUGCACAACAGGUUGUUAAUCAUCUGAGUAUGCUACACAAUCAGUUUGUCUAUCAAAAUCGUGGAAGUCAUCUGUACUCAUUUGGUGCCUGUGUGUCUUUUCUAUUUUCUAUUUCAUGUAAAAUGUAUUAAAUGUGCAUCCAGCAAAGGUGUUUGGGAUCGUAUACUAAAGGGGUGUUUUUGGUCCAUAAUACCCGCCAUAAUAAUAGACAGCCAAAAGUAAUCAUUUCGUGUUUCAUUAAUCUUCAGAGGUAAUCUUCUAAGGUACGAAUGUUUGUUUUCAUUAAAUCUUGACUAAACUUGGAUAUGUUUUUAAUUGUGUAUUAGUUAUAGUGACACAAUAAACAACAUAUCUAAGUUUUGCCAAUAUUAUUAAGAACAAACCUUACAUUCAACCAACGGAUAAACCAAAUGCAUGACACUGAACAAUUCACUUGCAUUAUAGCAUCAUUUACUACGUACCGCUACCAGAGUCACUUGCACACCUUCUUUUCUUCAGUUAAUUAGCACCAAAUGUCUUAUUAAUCUCUUGAGGAAAUAGACAUUUGAAUAAGAAAGAAAAUACGCGAAGCAUUUUGGUAGUGGUAGUAACACAAGAACAUUGCUUGGGCUUCCUGUGGUACAAUCACAUGGGUUCAGAACUCGUAAAUAUUCACUGCGUUACCGCCUCUAUUGAUACUCUAGCGUGACGAAUAAUUUGCAUCUCAAUUACAUUCUUUGUUUAGCUCAUGCCUUCAUUAUUGUUGAGAUGGUUGCAAUGGCUAUUUUACUGGGUUUCUUGUCAUUGGUUAUAGCAUAUUUACUCUUAAAAUUCUUUUCAAGGUCUCACAAAUUAAAUAAUUUCGGUAGUAAGUUUAUUUUAAUCACCGGUUGUGACUCUGGAUUUGGCAGACUUUCUGCCUUGCGCCUUGAUCAGCUUGGGUUUCAUGUGAUUGCUACAUGUUUGACUAAAAAGGGUCAAGAAGACUUGCAAAAACUAUGUAGCGAGCGAACAACGACUUUUCUUCUUGAUGUUACAAGUUCAACCCAAAUUCAAGAGCUCUACAGUGCUAUAACUCGGUCUUUAAUUCCACAAGGAGUUGGUCUGUGGGCUUUAAUCAACAAUGCAGGUAUCUUUAUUUCUGGCCCGAUUGAGUGGCAAUCGCUGGACAUCUAUAAACGGACCGCAGACGUUAAUCUUUGGGGAAUGAUUGAUAUGACCAAGACCUUUUUACCUCUGAUCAAGAAAGCGAAAGGACGAGUGGUUAACUUUUCUAGUGCUGCAGGGAGAGCGUCGGCAACAUUUUCAUCGUCAUAUUGUAUCAGUAAGUAUGGAGUAGAGGCGUUCUCUGAUGCUUUAAGACGGGAGAUGAAGCCAUGGAAUGUGGAGGUGGUUAUUAUGGAACCCGGUGGCCACAGUACUGACAUUCUUAACGUAAUGAAUAAAAGAUGCAUGUGGAAGAAACAAUGGGAUGAAUUGAAUACAGGAGUUAAGGAGGAGUACGGGGAGGAGUAUUUCGAUCGAGUGUUUGAAUCGUUCUGCAAAUCAAUACGCCAUAUUUCGAGCGACUUUUCCAAAGUGGUGAGCGCCGUGGAAGACGCCGUGACGUUACAAAGGCCACGUGACCGUUAUGUUGUUGGCCUGGAUGCUCAGUUUCUAUGCGUGUUGUCGAUGCUACCUUCAUCAAUUUCAGAUGCCUUUUCCAAUGCUAUAGUAAACGUCCCUUUGCCUAGGAAAUUACAGACUGAAUGAAACUUCUCUUUGUUCCCAUGUGUAAAGCAAGAAAAAAUAAUGGAUUUAUUCCAGAUUGGAAUCAUUUAUAUUAAAUAUAUGAUUGUGAGGUACGCAUGCGUGUAAUGAGAAUUAUUUAAACAUUUAUGUAUCCGUCUUUUUAGCCUAUUUUGGAUUGCCUCUACGAUUUUAAUUAUUUUGAUGUCUUGAACUUUUCAUGUUAAUGAAAUAAGUUGUCAAAUAUAACACUGACUGAA